AUGGCGGCGAGAGCGAACUACCGGGCCUCCAUCCAGUUCCCCAACGCGCACAGCGACGGCAUCUGGAGCACGUUCUGGACGUCCAAUGACAAGAUUCUGACCGGAUCCGUGGACGAGGUGGCCAAGUCCUGGGACGUGACGGAGGACGCCGUGUCCAUCUCGCAGCAGUAUCCGGGCCACGUGCUGGGCACGAUCUCCAUCGUGGGCAACAAAGCCGGCACGCACGCCGUCACCAGCUCGCUGGACUGCCAGCUGCGCGUGCUCAACCUCUCGACGGGCGCUGUAGAGAAGACCAUCGACGCCGGCCCAGGUGAGCUUUGGCAGGUGGCCUAUAGUCCCGACGAGACCAAGCUCGUGUCCGGCAGCCAGCAGGGGAAGAUCAACUUCUUCGACAUCGAGACGGAGAAAAUCGCGCAGGAGAUCUCUACGCAGGCCAAGUUCGUGCUGAGUGUGGCCUACUCCCCCGAUGGAAAGCACGUUGCGUGCGGUGGAUUCGAUGGCUUUGUCGGCGUGUAUGACGUCGAGACGGGAUCGCUUGUCCACAAAUACGAAGACCGCACCAAGCCUGUGCGUUCGGUUGCGUACUCGCCGGAUGGAAAGCUAUUUGCCGCUUCGGAUGACAUGCACGUCAAUGUCUACGAUGUUGCUCAUGACAACGCUGUCGCCACUCUGUCUGGCCACGUCUCCUGGGUGCUGAGCGUCGCGUGCUCGCCCGAUUGUACACAGUUUGCGACUGGUGGUGCGGACCGGCGCGUGAAGAUUUGGGACAUCGGCACUCGACGCUGUUUGACCACGUUCGAUACCCACACAGACCAGGUCUGGAGCGUUGCGUACAACUCGUCAGGAUCGCGACUAGUGUCGGGAGGUGAUGAUGCACUGCUGCAAGUGUACGAGACUGCCACGUCCGCUUAA